UUUCCUACGCCAGAACUCCUCUUCUUAUCCAUUUUCCUUUUCCUUGAGCUCUAGCGGAACUCGAAUACUACGAGUUCGUUCGAAGAGAGUGAGCAUCCAAGAAAACCAGACAGAGAUAUGUCGAGCGUCGUCGGCGAGUCUUCAGAAGCAAAGACCCAACUUGAGUCUCAGCAGGCCGCAGCAAAUGAGGCCGUGACAGCGGCUGGAGGGGUUGGAGUUUAUGACAUACUGCGGCGAGAAAACGGGGAGGAUUUGUUGAAGAGAAGCUUAUUGGGUUUGAGGGCAAUGGCUCUGCUGUUCUCCUGUAUUGGUCUCAUGUUGAUAAUCGUCAUGGCGGCCAGCAAUAGUGAAGGCGAUGGGUCUGGUUUCAAUGAAUUCGAAGAAUACAGGUACAUGCUUGCUGUGACGAUUAUAUCCACAGUGUACACAAUUGGUCAAGUGUAUCGUCAAGUUCAGGAACUUUGUAACGGGAAAGACCUUCUUCAGCCAAAGACGAUGUCGUUGAUUGACUUUCUUGGAGAUGAGAUAAUGGCAUAUCUACUGUUAUCAGCAGCAUCUUCAGGGAUGCCACGGACAAAGGGAUUGAGGAAGUAUGGAGGAUACGAUGAUAAUGUCAAUAUGUUUUUCGACUCUUCAGCUGCAGCCAUUAGCAUGUCAAUUAUGGCCUUCGUUUGCUUAGCACUUUCAGCUCUCCUUUCUGUCUUCAAACUAUAUGUCCACUCACAUACCUAAUUACACCUGAUCA